AUGCCGUGGAAUUUUGCUCCCUGGAACUACAUAACGGAUCCACGAUACGGAGUAAUGCCAUUACCACCAUUACCGCAACCCUCUUCCAAAGGUCAUCGCCGUGAGAGGAGCCAUCACUGCAGAUGUGAACGCCUUCGUAAGGACUUCGAUGUGUGGUCACAAGUACAUGUACAGCACAAAUGGUUACUUCUCCGCUUCUUUAAAAUUCUCCUCCAAGACUGUGGUUGUUUACACUCUGUCGGCUGGCCGAACUACAGCUACUUAAAGGAUUUCGUAAAGAUAAACCAUAAAGAAUGA